GGUAAUUUCUCUGAUUCUCUUUCAUUUUGGCUGCUACUUGUUCAGCCGUCGUCCUCAGAUUUGGUGUCUGGUGUCCCAGAAGAAACAAAUCGUCAUAAAUUUUCUCCCAGGAAAAAUCAAAAUGAUAACAUAUCAAGCAAUAACAUCAUCUCUACCAAUCGUUUUUUCUCUGUUUAUUCCUGUGCUUUACCCAGAAGCUUUCUUCUCAACUGAAAUUUCCCUCACAGCAGUGAAAAAUCAAGAGGAAACGAGCAAUGGCAAAUAUCUUAAAAUCAGUGAAAGCAGAGAGAAUCUCUGCUCAGUUGGAUUUACCAAUCUCUUCUUCACUUGUGGAAGAUCUGCACAAGUCAAGAUUGAAAUUUGAUGAAAUACAAAGAGAGUAGAAGAGUUUCAGAGUCUACAAGAGCAAGAGCAGAAGUUGAACUAUCAAAGGCAAAGAAGUUGGUAAAAGUGCUCACAUUACUUAUAGAGAGAUCGAAUCUUGGAGCCGAGGCAUUGAAGAUUUAUGCAAAGGCUGAGGAAAAUGGAGAGUAUGUUGAAGGUAUGAAAAAAUUGGAGGCUGUAAAAGAAGAACUGAGUAAGCUAAAGUUUGAUUUUCAUUCUAUAUUGGGAGAGAGAAUUGCAGCAGAGAAAGAAGUUGAGGAAUUGCAGAUUAAAACAGAAGGGAAUUUGAGAUUGUUGAAGAGUCUUGAGAAGGAGAUCGAAGUGGCUAAUGAGGAACAUUCGAUGGUUGAAUUGCGAAAGAUGGAGACAUUGAUGGAAUUCAAAGAGAUAGAGAGGUGGAGAGAAGGAAAAGAGAAAGAGGUUCUUGAUUUGUUGGUGGAAAAGAAUAAGAGAAUCAAGAAAAUGUUGGAAGAGACAGAGAGAUCGAAGGAUAUUGAGACGAGUUCUGAUGUUGAGAUGUUACAAACACAACUAAAGCUUGUCAAGAAAAUGGAGAGGAGAGUUCACAGCAGAGACAAUAGCAUGUCGAGGUCAAGCCGUUCUUUCGAAAGAGGAAAGUCCGGUUUAUUGGUUUUGAAAGAGGUCACAGAAGUGAAGAAGGAGGAACUUGCUUCUCUUAACGCAGAACUCUUCCGGCUCAUGACUAUAAUGGAUGCGUUAAGGAAAGAGAUUCUUCAAAACAAAGAAGAAGCAGCUCGCAUCAACAAAAUCUUGCGUAAAAAUGAUGUUAAGAUUCAGAAACUCAACUCCAAGAUACUUAUGGCGAAAUCAAAACUAGAAGUUGUAUUAUUCGCCAAAGAAAGAGUUAGCUCUCUUGCUGACAAUUUAGUUUGUUCGCUUGAGAAGUUAAAGAAAAACAGAGAAGCUGCAAAGAAAGAGGAGCGUCUUCUUGAAGAAGAGAAGAAUGUUACAAAGGCGGAAACACAGAAAAUUAAACUCGAGAUAGAUGAAAAGGAAAGAGAACUGAUUUCAAAGUUGGAUGAGCUCGAUAAAGUGAAGCAAGCAGAGGCUUUAGUGCUUGAGAAGCUUGAAGCUCUCAUAGAUGACACAAUGGAGAGAAGGGAUAUACAGUCUAAGCAUUGUUCAACAGUCACAAUCUCAAGGUUUGAGUAUGAGUAUUUGAGUAAACAUGCUUCUCAAGCUGAAGAAACCGCUGAGAAGAAAGUUGCAGCAGGAGAGGCAUGGGUUGAAGCACUUAAGACUAGCACAAAAGCGGUUUUUAUGGAGACUGAAACUUUGAUGAGAGAGAGUGGGAUGACGAGGAUGGAAGAAGACAGAGAAGCGUUUAGGACGCAAAGGUCUCUAUCGACAAAGAAACUGGAAACUGAAAGCUAUCUUUCUUCUAAACUUGUUGGAAAAUCCGUGAGGUUGAGCGCUAAAUUCACACCGGUACAACGAAAGAAGCCAAUAAGAUACGCAUCCGCAAGGACUCCGACUUUCUUUGUUAUCAAGAAGAAAAAGAAAGUUCCUACUUUGGUCAAGUUCUUUAGAAAAAGAAAAACGUAAAAACAAACAUCAUUUUGGCUUUUGAGAAGAAUGAGAAAUAUAGAAGAAGUGUCAAUCCAUAAAUGAUUCAUAUUUUUUUUACGUUUCCGACUCUUGAGUUUUUUAUUUCUAUCUAUUUUGUUUUUUCGACCGUUGAAAUUGUGAAAGAUAGCGGUUUGGUUCAGACAGGC